AGUCAAAACGUAAAUGUAUAUUUUUCUUUCACACGUUAAGAGAAUUAUUCCAAUAUGUUUGAUAAAUUAAGUUAUUAAUGUAUUGUGACCGAUAUAAUACAGUAUUUUUAAUAUAUUUUAUAUUCAAGAUGGAAAAAAAGUGUUUAGUUUGUGAGAAAACUACAUCUUUAAAAGUUUUGGAUGAUCAAGAAUUUCGAAUAUGUGAACAAAUAAACGAAAUGUUCAGUAUAAAACUCAAUGAGUACAUUAUGGCAAAAUCUAUGAUUUGUAAGCGAUGUAUAUCCAGUUUAAGGAUAUCUUUUAAAUUUUUUCAAAAAAUCCAAAAUGCACGAGAUCGAUUAAAAUUAAUAAAUACUGUGUUAAUAAAAAUCGAAGUGAAGGAAGAAAUUUCAGAAAGUCAUAAAACAGAAGAGGAAUAUUCAAUUGUUCAACCAUUUUCCUCGCCUUUUUCAUGGAAAGAAAAUGAAGAAAGUGAAAAGGAAAUUACUGAGCACAAAGUUUUUUUGAUUAAUGAAGAGCAAAAAACUAAGCGAAAAUACAACAAAAUUCCACCUGAAUUACGGAAAAAAAACCGCGGAAUCAGACGAGCAAAAGAAGCAUUAACGAUUACUACAAAAUUGCUUUAUCAAAAUGAAAUGAUAGGAAAAUAUUGUGACUCUCCAGAAACUCUUGAAAUACUUGAUGAAGAUAAAUUGGACGGAGGAAAAAUAUCUUCUCGAGUCCUUCAGUUAUUUAGUUCCAAUAGUUGGCCAACUUUUGACUGGAUAUGUCAUGAGUGUCCAGAGCACAAUAAAUUUUCACAUAUUUUGGAGCUAAAUGAACACCUGCAUAAAAUACACAAGAACAAGUUUAAGCGAAACUGCUAUGACUGUAAUAAAUCAAUACCACAUUUUGCAGCAUAUUUAAAUCAUAUUAUUGAAAACCAUUCUUCUCAUAACAAAUUUUGUUGCAUUUUAUGUUCUGAACCGGAAUACAGAUGGAAUUUUAAAGAUCUGUAUCUGCAUUACCAAAGAAAGCAUUUAAGCAGCAAAGUUAAUUUUUGUAUUUAUUGUGGAUUACAUUUUAUUUGUGGUGCCAAAUUAAAAGAGCAUUUAAUAAGUAAGCAUAAGAGGGAAAAUGAUGAAGGAGAAAAGUUUCAAUGUGACUUUUGUGGAUGGAAAACUGAACUUCGUCAUAGGAUGAAAAAUCACAUGGUUAAACAUGUAACAGAAUCAACAUUUAUGUGCGAUCAAUGUACUCUGAUUUUUGCCAGUGCAGCUUACUUGAGCACACACAUCAAACAAGUUCAUAGCAGAUUAGAAAUAAAUUGUAGUAAAUGCGGAAAAUUAUUUAAAAGUGAAAGAAGAUUACGAGUCCACGAUAAAGCAGUCCAUCAAAAUAAUAAGCAAUUUAAAUGUCAUAUAUGCCAAAAAGCUUUUCAUGCACAAUAUAGACUAAAUUCACAUUUAAGAAUUCAUGCAGAUGCAUUAGAAGAAAAAUAUCAAUGUUCUUAUUGUGAAAGAAGAUUCAAAUACAAGCCAGGUAUGAAUUACCAUAUACGAGCAGCACAUACUGGUGAACGUCCGUUUUUUUGUCCCAUUGAAGGCUGUAAUGAAAGGUUCCUAGACUACUCUAAUGCAAGAAAACAUAUAAGCGGAACACAUAAUUCAAUGUUAAAACCAUUUAAGAAAUAGUUUUUGCCUAAAAACUACUUUUGAAAUUAAUUAAUCUCCACUAUAGAUAACACCCGGUUGCGUGAUAUGUUUUUUCAAUUUUUCUUAAUUUUUAAAUACAUUUUUAAAAUUAAAGUUGUUUUUCAAUGCAAA